ACACACCUCAACAACAGCUGAUCGCAAAGAUAGCGUUAUGUGAAUCGGAGGACGUUGGUUCUAUCUUGAUGACUUUUAAGAGUCGUAUUCUCUUCCACUCAUGAUACACGGAAACACGAUUACUGGCUGUCUGCUCCCUGCUCUCACAGUACACAAACCCCAACUCCUCCUCCUCCUGCCUACAUGUAGGGAACACAUGUGCAGUUGCAUAGUUGGAGUCUGGCCAGGUGUCACUGACAGUCCAUGUUGUGAUCAAGUCUACUUGGGUUUCAGAGGAAAAUCACCAUGGCCACAAUGCAAUGUGGGGGUUUAAAGAGAAAAUAUCGGUUCUCAGACGAGGAUGCCAUUUACUCUUCCUCCUCCCCUUCAUCACACUCUGAGUGGGACUCUGAAGAAGACAGUGCCCAAAGUGAUACCGUGGACUUUGGCCCCAUUGGUCCUUUCCCUUCCAGCCUUCACAUGCCAAUUUCAUCCAUCCUGAAGAAGACGAAAUAUACUCAGUCUAAAGGCAGUGUUCACUUUGGCCUGGUUACAGUGUUCUUCUUCCAGCGGUGUCAAGGCUGCAGCAGUGUGCCCAGUCAUGGUGGCUGCACACUGAGCAUGGUUAAACGGCAUGCUGCCUGUCAGCAGUUCACCCUGAGAGAGCAUGCGGAGGAGCAGCAGCGCUUGCAAUUGAAGAGACUCCGUGAGCGACACCAAGAGGACAGGCUGGAGGCCUUGAGACAGAGGUUGAUCAGCAGUGGCACUCUCACAAUGGCAGAAGCAGCCAGCUUGACAUUGAAAGAUGUCCCAGAUGAGGAUGAUGACCUCAGCAAUGCCAAGCUGAAGGAUGGGGGAUUCCUCCGUCCCUACUCAUCCAAACGGAGACGUGCAUUGCUGAAAGCUGCGGGUGUGGGGAGAAUCGACCGAGAGGAGAAGAGGCAGCUGCAGGAGCUACGACGGUGGCGGGAAGACUGUGGCUGCCACUGCCAGGGCUUCUGUUAUCCAGAGAGUUGUGCCUGCAGUCAGGCAGGCAUCAAGUGCCAGAUGGAUCGCACCAAUUUUCCCUGUGGAUGUUCAAAGGAAGGCUGUGGGAACCCAGCGGGCCGCAUUGAGUUCAACUCCAGUCGUGUACAGAGCCACUAUAUACACACGCACAUGAAGUUAGAGCUGGAAAAGAGGCUGCUGGAUGAGGAGUUUGACCAAAAGCAGCUAAUUACCUCUGAGCAGCAAUCUGCAGAGGAGAAUAGAGCUAUUACAUUUACUAUAGAAAAUGACACCUCCCCAUUCCCUUUUCUGCCGCCCAGUCCAGCCUUUCAACUGAGUUUGGAUCUCUGUAGGGAGGCAGAAAACAGCUCUAGCAGUGACAUGACUGACACCUCUUGCUCCUCAACUCUGAGUCUGGACUCUGAGAUGGAUGGAAGCCCUCCAUCAGUGCGACCCACACUAGAUGUGGACGACAGAGGGCUGGCUCACAUUCUCAGCUUUUCAGACUCUGAUGGGGACGAAUGCCCAUACAUCAAACAGUAUAAUCGCACCAAUAUGCAACAGUCAUUUAGCAAGGAUCUAUCCACAGAACCUGCUGGCUGCGUAUUGGGCCUAUCCACAAAGGAUAAUACACAGUCUGAAAGCAACCCCAGUACAUCUCAAUUGAAAUAUCUGGAUGAAAAUGCUAAUCAGGCCACACUGGAGUUUGUAAAUGACUCCUUUGAUAUCCCCAAUACACCUUCUCCAUCCACUGAUAAUACAGCAGACUGUUACAUAGACCUUAGUCUGUCCUCAGACUCUGACCUGGUCUUCUUUGACAGUUUCCAUGAGUACAGUCCAAGUUACAACCAUUUUAAAGUGUACAGUCAUAUGGACUACAUGUCACACAUUCAGUUUCCCAGCUGUCCCAGCCCUGCCCAAACAGAGGACUCUAGUGUUGGUCUUCUGGAAUCUCUAAUAGGUAUUUCUUAGUUUGUAUCAGAGCAGAUCAGUAUUUGUACUGAUGUUUUAAAUGAGCCUUGUUUAUUUGGAAUUUAUACAGUAUGAAAUUUUCUUUGAGAAAUAAUGUAAAUAGUUUCUGAAUUUAAGGAUAUUCCUUAAAAAUAUAUUUUGGAUAUUAAUAUAGACUGUAACAAUUAUUGGUCACAGUGUAAAUACAGUUCAAAACCACUCAUUGAAAAUUAUUGUGAAGUCGUAUGCCAAUUUCAAGUGCACACUUUGUUGCUAAAACUCACGGAGAGUUUGUGAUUUCAGGUCCAAUUUUAUAUUUAUAAUUUAUAAGCUAAAGGUGUUCAGGUACUGGAAUCUUGUCCCUCUUUUUUCAGAAAACUACACUGUCUUCUUCAUUACAUUAUUAGGCCAUAAUUCUGAUUUAAAAUGAAAUUUGACCUUUUUAUAAGGUUACAUGUAAGUAAAUAUUCAUAUUUAAGUGUUAAAUGUGUUUUGCUUCAAAUGAUCAUGCAAAUCAAAGUUUUGUUUUUGUGUAGCAUGUUAAAUGUAUUUGCUAAGAAGCAUAAUGGCUCUGCCAUAGUGUUUCUUUUUUCAUUUAAAAGAAUUAUAUGUAUGUAUGUAUGUGUGUGUGUGUGUGUGUGUGUGUGUGUAUAUAUAUAUAUAUAUAUAUAUAUAUAUAUAUAUAUAUAUAUAUAUAUAUAUAUAUAUAUAUAUAUAAAAAUCCAGGCUACAUUUGCUUUGAGAAUAUUUCACUCUGUCAGUGGUAGGCCACUCUAUAUUUAUGUUUUUGGACUUUUAUAAUGUGUACAAUUAGUUUUUUCUUUGUUGAAUAACUUCAAUAAAUUUUAUUUCACAAAACUAAUGAGAAAUACUUAUUUGAAGAAGAAGAAGAAGAAAAAAAGAUUCUGGAAGAGCUAUUGUAAUUCAAAGAAUACACAGCAAAAUCUUGAAAAUGGAUAAUAAAAUCUUGUGGAGGAUAAAAUCUAUUUUA